UCAAAGAAAGAAAAAGGAAAGCUGGAGAGGCACAGAAGACAUGGAAUGUCCAUCUUGAUCCCACAGACUUCUCCUUCCUUCUUUCUCUUCCACAUAAAGGCGCAGUUUGCGCAGUAUUUCCAUUGUCGUCGUGAUAAUCUUCUCAUUUUUCUUCUUCUUCGUCUUCUUUUUCUUCUUCUUAUUCAGCUGUAAUGAAAUUCGAAGAGCAGAACCUGAAGCAUCAGUCUGAACAGAGGUGCAGGAAUAUUGAGUUCGAUACAAUCGAUCACCAUCGCAGUAUUUCGUCGCUGGUUGAAUGCGAAGACUGCGAGAGGGAUGGUGACGGCCUCUAUAUCCCUCCUCUCAACUUUUCCAUGGUUGAUAAUGGCAUUUUCCGCUCCGGCUUCCCUGACUCUGCUAACUUCUCCUUCCUCCAAACCCUAGGUCUCCGUUCCAUUAUAUGUUUAUGUCCGGAGCCGUAUCCGGAACACAACAUGGAGUUCCUCAAGUCGAACGGGAUUAGAUUGUAUCAAUUUGGAAUUGAAAGCUAUAAGGAGCCAUUCGUGAACAUUCCGGAUGAUAUGAUUCGUGAAGCACUAAAAGUUGUCCUUGACGAUAGGAAUCACCCAGUUCUCAUACAUUGCAAAAGAGGAAAGCAUCGAACAGGUUGUCUUGUGGGAUGCCUUAGAAAAUUGCAGAGGUGGUGCCUCACUUCUGUGUUUGAUGAGUACCAGAGAUUUGCAGCUGCAAAAGCAAGAAUUUCAGACCAGAGGUUUAUGGAGCUGUUUGAUAUCUCUGACUUUAAGCAUCAUCCCAUGUUAUUCUCAUGCUCAAAGUGGUGAAAAAUGAUUACAGAGGGCAGAUCUUGUGCUGGAAUAAAAUGGAAAAGACAGUACUUCCCUGAAAUCCUUCUAAGUAAUUUAGAGAUUUUUCUUUUUUGCAUUUUUCCUUAGGGAUAAUGACGAAUGUUUUCAUGUGUACACCUCAGAGUAUUCUAUACCCUUACACCUGCCUGCACUCUUUCUGAAUCACCCUGUUUGGUUUGCAAGAUUUCUUUGGUGGACCUAGGGCAGUACAAACCUUCAAGCACCUUACAGUUCAUAUUAAAAGUUCUCAAUCUUCAUCACCCUGAAGUUAUUCCUUCCCUAAAUUAUUAUAAAAAGCAAGGCACAACUAGAGAGGCAUGGCCCUUGUCUGUAUUCUUUUGGAUAUGAAUACUCUUUGCAUGUGAAAAGAACUAUAAUGUGCAUGCAUUUAGUGUAAUGUUUGAUUUGUUUGGACCAAUAAAAUGGCAGUAACAAUUUUCAGCUGUUUGAUCAUUCAUCUCUGUCCCUGGUUUCUUCGAAGCCAAAGCUCGAAGCCCGAAGCUCAGUGGAAAAAGCAAUCAAUCAAAGGUACUUUAUGCACCCUAUCAGCUAAUAAUUCAUAAUUCUCGUUUUAGUUUCUUAUGGAACUCUUGUCGGAUUCAUUCAGUGUAUUGGAAACUGUAUUUCACCAUAUGAAAUUAUUAUUACGGACA